AUGGGAAAUUUACAGGAACUGGGCAUUGUUCUGCUAUUCUGCAUGCAAACUGCUUUAGCUCUCAGGUGUAGAGAAUGUACAUCCUAUUUAUAUCAAGAAUGUAGACAUAAAGUAAGAACAUGUAUUGCAGAAGACGAUGAAUCUUGUAUGACUACUAGACUCUGGCUUCUACCGUUCAAAGUAAAUGAGCCAGAGGAUGGAUAUUCUAAGUGCCAGAAAAACUGUACAAGAGAUGAUUAUAACUACGAUGAUCAUGCCGUAUUGAUAUCCUGUUGUGAUACAUAUGACUUUUGCAAUGAUAUCAGUGUGCCAAUUGAUGAAUGGUAUUGAAGAACCUUCAGAUUAUUUUAUGGCUUCCUCAUGUCUUCCUCAUCUUCUUUCUAACUUAAAUUUCUAUUUCAAUUUCAUUUUUACUUUAGACUAAAGACUU